AUGCUCCAGGAGCCCCAGGUCCAGCCUGGCCCGGGACCCUUCGUGCUGCCCGUCCGAACCCCGCGGACUCUGGGGACCCCCGUUCGGCCCAGCGUCCUCUCAGACGGCUCCGGGGACCCCGUGUCGGCGCAGGAGCCCCCUCGGGCCUCUUUGGGGACUCUCCCCAUAUUUUGCCCGAUCCUUUUCUCAUUUCGGUGCCUUGCUUUGAGCUUUGUACUGACCUGUUCCAAUCUCUCUCCCUGCCCCCAGUGCACCGUUCAGGUCAAGUUAGAGCUGGGGCACCGUGCCCAACUGCGCAAGAAGCCCACCACGGAGGGGUUCACCCACGACUGGAUGGUGUUUGUUCGUGGCCCAGAGCAAUGUGAAAUCCAGCACUUCGUAGAGAAGGUGAUCUUCCGGCUGCACGACAGCUUCCCCAAGCCCAAACGUGUGUGCAAGGAGCCCCCCUACAAAGUGGAGGAGUCGGGGUACGCUGGCUUCAUCAUGCCCAUCGAGGUGUACUUCAAAAACAAGGAGGAGCCAAGGAAGGUGUGCUUCACCUACGACCUGUUCCUGAACCUGGAGGGCAACCCACCUGUGAACCACCUGCGCUGCGAGAAGCUCACCUUCAACAACCCCACCACCGAGUUCCGGUACAAGCUCCUGAUGGCUGGCGGGGUGAUGGUAAUGCCCGAAGGAGCAGAAACGGUGUCCAGGCCCAGCCCUGACUACCCCAUGUUACCCACAAUUCCACUCUCUGCCUUCUCUGACCCCAAGAAGACCAAACCAUCCCACGGCUCCAAGGACGCCAACAAAGAAAGCAGCAAGGCCCCCAAGACACAUAAGGUGACCAAGGAGCACAGAGAACGACCCCGCAAGGACUCGGAGAGCAAGAGCUCUUCCAAGGAGCUGGAGCGCGAGCAGGCCAAGGGCGCCAAGGAGGCUGCUCGCAAGCUGGGUGAGGGCCGGCUGCCCAAGGAGGAGAAGGCCCCGCCUCCCAAGGCUGCAUUCAAGGAGCCCAAGAUGGCCCUGAAGGAGACCAAGCUGGAGAGCAUGUCCCCCAAGGGGGCACCCCAGCCCCCGGUCCUGCCCAAGGCUUCCAGCAAGCGGCCGGCUGCCGCAGACUCGCCAAAGCCCAGUGCCAAAAAGCAGAAGAAGAGCAGCUCAAAGGGGUCCCGGAGUGCCCCCAGCACCUCGCCCCGCACCUCGUCUUCCUCUUUCCCGGAUAAGAAGCCGCCCAAGGAUAAGAGCAGUACCAAAGGAGAGAAGAUGAAGGCCGAGAGCGAGUCCAGGGAGACCAAGAAGGCCCUGGAGGUGGAGGAGUCCAACUCGGAGGAUGAGGCUUCUUUCAAGUCAGAGUCCGCCCAGUCCAGCCCGUCCAACUCCAGCUCCAGCUCAGACUCCAGCUCAGACUCAGAUUUUGAGCCCUCCCAGAACCACAGCCAAGGACCCCUACGCUCGAUGGUGGAAGACCUGCAGUCUGAGGAGUCUGACGAGGAUGACUCUUCAUCAGGCGAAGAGGCGACCGUCAAGGCAAACCCAGGCCGCGAUUCCAGGUUGAGUUUCAGUGACAGUGAGAGUGACAAUAGUGCCGACUCCUGCUUGCCUGGUCGUGAGCCCCCACCCCCGCAGAAGCCCCCCCCACCCAACAGCAAGGCAUCAGGCCGGAGGAGCCCCGAGCCCUGCAGCAAGCCUGAGAAGAUCCUCAAGAAAGGCACCUACGACAAGGCCUACACAGACGAGCUGGUGGAGCUGCACCGGAGGCUGAUGGCGCUGCGGGAGCGCAAUGUGCUGCAGCAGAUCGUGAACCUGAUUGAGGAGACUGGCCACUUCAAUGUCACCAAUACCACCUUUGACUUCGAUCUCUUCUCCCUGGACGAGACGACCGUGCGCAAGCUGCAGAGCUACCUGGAGGCCGUGGCCACAUGACCCUGGGCCAGGUGCCAGGCCCCCACCGCCAGGGUCCUGGGAGGCCAUGUCCAGGCCCUGCCUGCCUUCCUCUCUCUUGACUUGCCCGCCCGCAGCACUGCCUUAGUGACCGCCCUGCCCUCAGCCCUCACAGCCAGCUGCACUUUUCUGGGUGGCUUCCAGCCUGCCACCCACCACCCUGUUGGGAACCUGGGGCCCAGGGUUCGGGCCAGUGCUGCAGCUCCCAGCCUCACGUGCACCAUCACCUGGGCUCCCCUCAGAAUGCGGUUUAUGUUGAAGGUAGCGCUGGGCCUCGCUCCCGAAAGAGGAAGAAAAUUCCAUGGAAUGUGUAUGACUGAGGGCCCCUUAUCAGACCUAGGGACCAGCCCCCUAAACAAAUGGUGGCUCUGUCCCCAGCUCCAUGGGGGCUCUGUGCCGCCUUUUCUCUGUCUGGGCCUCUCUGAGCAGCUGGGGCCACCUCCGCAGCCUGCCUGGGACCUGGGGAGGCUCUGUCUGUGUCUGCACCAGGCUGGGCCACGCUGCCCUCUGUGCCAGCCGGCAUUGCGUCCUGUGUGGGUCCUCACUGUGCCAGGCCUCCGUGCUGUGCAGCUCUAUGUAUAGUAUAUAUAUGUGCACGCUGUGUGUCCAGAA